GGUGAAUCUUAUGAGGUGUCUGUGAAGGAAGAAGAUGGUUGCAAGAAUUUAGAUUUGCGGUUGGGGUUUGAUCUAUGCACAGAGGAGCAGGAUUUCAUAUGUAAAAGGAAGAAGGUGGUUGCUGCUGCUCUGAAAAAUGUUCUUCAGCUAGAUGAAGACCUGCAGGAGGAUGAGGUGCCAGUGGUGGCAGUCGUGACCACAGCAGGGGGAGUGCGGUCCAUGACGGCUAUGUUUGGCAGUCUUCUGGCUCUCCAGGAGUUAGGUGUUUUGGACUGUGUCUCAUACAUCAGUGGUUUAUCUGCCACAACAUGGACCAUGGCAAAGUUAUAUGAAGAUGCAAAUUGGUCACAGAAGGAUCUCAGAGGACCAGUCGGUGAUAUCAGGAAACAUGUGAUCAAGAGCAAGUUGCACUGUUUCUCAUUGGAUCAUAUGAAAUACUAUGAAAAGGAGCUUUGUGAAAGAAAGCAAGAGGGGCAUAAGCUGUCCUUUACAGAUUUAUGGGGACUCUUCAUUGACUGUAUGCUGCAUCAUCAGGGAAGUACUCACAAACUCUCUGAUCAGCAACUGGCAGUAAAUCAGGGGCAGAAUCCACUGCCCAUAUACCUGUCCCUCAAUGUCAAGGAUGACUUUAGCACUCUGGAUUUUAAAGAGUGGGUGGAGUUCACACCUUAUGAGGUGGGUUUCCUGAAAUACGGGGCCUUUGUUCGUUCAGAGGAUUUUGGGAGUGAGUUCUUCAUGGGUCAUCUGAUGAAGAAGAUCCCAGAGUCCCGCAUCUGCUUCUUGGAAGGCACAUGGAGUAAUAUAUUUUCCCAGAAUUUUAUGGAUGCUCUCUACCUCUCGGGUCAUUCAGAGGACUUCUGGCACAGAUGGACCCGAGGCACUGAGCAUGACAUCGAGGAACAUCCUGCUCUGCCCAAGAAGCCUUAUGAACAGACAACAUCGUUAUCCAUUCCUAAAGGCUGCCUUUCCAAUACUCUUCGAGAAAUGAUGACUGGACGGCCAGUGGUUUCAACUUACCAUAAUUUCCUCAAGGGCUUGCAGCUACAUAACCAGUAUUUAGAGAAUGAGAGCUUUUGCAUGUGGAAAGACACGGUGCUUGAUUCUUCUCCCAACAAGCUGAUCGAAAUGGAUGACUACCUCAAGCUGGUAGAUACAGCUUUUUUCAUCAAUACCAGUUGCCCACCCAUUCUGAGGCCAGAGAGGAAAGUGGAUGUCAUUUUGCAUUUAAAUUACAGCGGAGGAUCACAGACUCUGCCACUGGACCUGUUUUCAGAGUACUGUUUGGAACAUGGGAUCCCAUUCCCUGGCACGGAGCUGAGCCAGGAAGACAGGGAACACCUGAAGGAGUGCUAUGUGUUUGAGGACAGCUUAGAGGCACCAAUCUUGGCCUAUUUCCCGCUGGUGUGUGAUACCUUCCAAAAAUACAAGGCACCGAAUGUGGAGCGCAGUCCCACCGAGAUGGAGCAGGGAAGAGUAAACGUGUCCAGCUGUGUUGCUCCCUAUGGCACUGGUCUGCUUACAUAUACUGAAGAGAAUUUCAACAAGUUGCUGAACCUGUGCAGCUACAACAUCCUGAAUAAUAAACACUGCAUUCUUCAGGCUUUGCGAACUGCAGUGGAACGAAAAAAACGAUGUAAAAACCAUUCGUCACCUCAGUUGUCUAAACUCUCUUAA